AUGUUGAAUGGUAAGUCAUAUCCAGAAGAGUUGCUUAACGCAGAUGCUUCGUUAACCUACGAUGUGAUUGUAGUUGGAGCCGGGGUAGUUGGACCCUGCAUCGCGACAGCAUUGGCAAGAAAGGGAAAAAAAGUUUUGAUCAUUGAACGGGAAUGGACGAUGCCAGAUCGUAUUGUUGGUGAAUUAAUGCAGCCUGCUGGUGUGCGUGCAUUGCGCUCCCUGGGGAUGGUUCAGGCGAUCAAUAAUAUUAGUGCUUGGUCGACAACAGGAUACACUAUCCUCUAUAAUGGGGAGCAGGUUGAAGUUCCGUAUCCAUACAAAGCAAUAUCUCCACCUAUCGACAAGAUCCCUGAUCUUGUUUUUGAUGGCAACGAUAAGGUGGUGGAUGAUGGGACAAUUUCCAUUAAAGAUUACGAAGAAGACGAGCGGGAGAGGGGUGUUGGAUUUGUUCAUGGCAGGUUCUUGCAAAACUUGCGGACAAUUUGUGCUGCAGAACAGAAUGUUACAAGGUUACAAGGAAAUGUUAUCGAAAUUCUUAAGAACAAAUCGAAGGAGGUUAUAGGAGUGAAGGUCGAUGUUCCUACGCGUGGGAAGCAAGAAUUCAGGGCACACAUUACAUUUGCGUGCGAUGGUAUCUUCUCUAAGUUUAGAAGGGAACUAUCCAAAAGUCAUGUACCUCAGGUUUGGUCUUCUUUUGUUGGGAUGUCUUUAUACCAUACUGAUCUUCCUAAGAAGCAUUAUGGUCAUGUGAUAUUAGGAUGUAAUCACAUGCCUAUUCUUGUUUACCAGAUUUCUCCUACGGAAACUAGGGUUUUAUGUGCUUACAAUUCCGCUAAGUUACCACGAGAUGUCUCAUUGUGGUUACGGAGUAGUGUUCAGCCUUUUGUUCCUGAUUUCCUGCGAAAAUCCUUUGACAAAGCUCUAGAAGAAGGCAAGUUCAAGGCGAUGCCUAAUUCGUGGCUACCUGCAAAACAAAACAAUGUAGUUGGGUUAUGUGUCAUUGGUGAUGCUUUGAAUAUGAGGCAUCCACUAACAGGGGGUGGUAUGGCUGUUGGAUUGAUGGAUGUGGUAUUAAUGGUGCAGAAGAUUGGCGAUAUGGACUUUUCAGACCGUGAGAAGAUCUUAGAAAAGAUGAUAGACUUCCAUUUCGAUAGGAAGUGCUAUGCCGCAGUAAUGAAUACCUUAUCAAUUGCCUUGUUCGCACUAUUUGCCGCUGAUAGUUAUUAUCUGAAGCUUUUACAGAAGGGUUGUUUCAGGUACUUUCAAAGGGGCGGAAAGUGCUUAACCUUGCCUGUUGAGUUUUUAUCCGGGGUAUCUCACAAACCAUUUCUGUUAACCAAGGUGUUCUUUUCUGUGGCUCUGUAUUCCAUAUAUGUUAAUUUCGAAGAUAAGAGAAUAGCAGAAUUAGGAGCAGCAUUUUUUGAGGCGUUUGGAAUUAUAUAUACAGCUAUAAAUGUUUUCACAUAUUAUCUUUUGGAACAGUUAUUCGGAUAG